GGGAUUCUUAUGUCCGAACUAUGGAGGGCAUAGGUUUAAUUUAACAAGUCUUGUCGAUCUUGUCAGUAUGACAUGAACUUAAGUCACAUUCACAAUUUCUACUGUAAAACGACUAGCCUCUAACUAAACCAGUACAAUGUGCAUGGUUAGGCACAAGAAGUAUGCUUCGGCAUUCGGCGUUCUUGAACAGAUAGAAGAGGUAAAGCCUGUUGUAGGGGGAGUCUCUGGUACAGGAACAGCCACGCGUUACUGGGAUUGCUGCAAACCAACAUGUGCUUGGCUGAAAAACACAGAUCCCAGACAAACACCGGUUAAAGCAUGCAAAGCUGAUGGAGUUACUGCCAUGGACGUAUUAAACAAUUCAGGUUGUGGUGAUGGACAAUCUUUUAUCUGUACCGACCAACAUGGAUACGCUAAAAAUGAAACUUUGGCUUACGGUUUUGCCGCAGCUAAAUUCAUCCACGCAGGCGACAGAAACAUGUGUUGCGUCUGCGUUAUGUUUACAUUCCACACAGAACUUCCUUCCCCUCUGAACGGCAAAAAAAUGUUGGCUCAAGUUACAAACACUGGAAACGAUGAUCCAGACGCAAAACACAACGAAUUCGACAUUGCAAUGCCUGGUAGUGGUGUUGGUUUAUGGGACCAAGGCUGUGUUAACCAGUGGCACAAUGAUCCCAGCGUUUGGGGUGACCGAAAUGGUGGCGUUCACACAUUAGAAGAUUGCUACAAGCUGCCUGAACCUUUACAAGAAGGUUGCGCUUUCAGGUUCGAAUGGAUGGCCGGUUACAACAACCCCGAUGUCACUUUUGAAGAGGUUACUUGUCCAAAAGAGCUUACAGAUAAAAGUGGAUGUUUCCCAGUUGAAUAUUAAGUUAUUUUAAUAAAUAUUUUUUGAGUAAA